CGAUUCUAUCUCCCAUAUCCACCAACCUCGCUUGGAGAGAAUGGCUUCCGAGGCUGUGUUAUCCUCCUCCUCCGCAGCUCUCCUUCUCUCUCUCAACCUCCUCUUCUUCGCCAUGGUCUCUGCAGGCGCCCCAUGCCCACCUUCACCCUCCAAGAAGCCACCCACGCCUUCUCCUGCCUCCGGCGCUUGCCCCGUCGACGCUCUUAAGCUCGGCGGGUGCGCCAACGUCCUCGAUGGCCUCAUCCACGCCAAGGUGGGCAAGCCACCCAAGGAGCCCUGCUGCUCCCUCAUCGACGGGCUCGUCGACCUCGAGGCCGCAGUGUGCCUCUGCACCGCCAUCAAGGCUAAUGUGCUGGGCAUCCAUCUCAACCUCCCGAUCAACCUCAGCUUGCUCCUCAAUUACUGCGGCAAGCAGAGCCCCACCGGUUUCAAGUGUGCUUGAGAGGAGUCCAUCGUCACUUCAUUUUCCUCAUUGUGAUGGGUGUUGUUCUUCGCUCUAUCUUCUGAAGCCUUACCACUUCCGAAGCAAAUAAGGAUCUGCUUGUUGUUCAUUAGUGUGUUGCAAUGACAUUUGGUUGUACUCCUCACAAAAUAAAGAAAAUGUAGCUUCUUUUUUAUAUUA